ACUCCUCUUCCUUUUUCUCCUUGAAAUCUCCUGCACUGGGGCGGAGGAGGAGAAAGGAGAGGAAGGGGGGGAGGAGAGAGAGGUGAAAUUACCGCGGAGCCCUUGCUCUUCCGCGGCCCAAUCAAAGCGAAGCGGAGUGAGUAGUAGUAGUGAGCGCUCCCGCCCAUAUUUCCCUCCGUUUUCGCGUCGUCGUCGUCGAGCGAGCGAUCGAGCGAUGAAACCCUAGCUGCUGCUGCGGCAGGGGCGCCGCCGCUGCGGGGAUUCGGGGCGCUCGUCGCCGGAACGCGGCAAUGCGGGCGAAUUGAAUCUCGUCGGAAGCGUUUCCCGGAGAGAUCUCCGGAUCGGAAUGGAUUGGGUCAGCGACAGCGACGGCGGGGACGAGGUGGAUUGGGAGAGCGACGGGGAGGGAGAGGAGGGGCAAGCGCCGCCGAUUCGCGAUGUGCCGAGUUCGUCGGAAGCGGGCUCGUCCAAGAAGGAUUCGGAAGGGGGAGCAUCUAAGUCUAGGUCUAAUUCUAAUUUGACGGCGCAUUUUGUCGCCAUGGGUUUCUCUGAGAAGAUGGUUGCGAAAGCCAUCAAAGGCAAUGGUGAAGGAGAUUCGGAAGCCAUACUAGAGUUGCUGCUCACGUAUGGAGCAAUAGAUAAAUCUCCCUCGCAAGAGGAAGGCUCUCCUGCUGGUUGUUCUUCACCUAGUGAUGAUGAUAAUUGGGAUGAGGAUGAUAAUUCAGAUUUGGACGACUUCGAAGAUAAGGAUUUUGUAGAAGAAUUAGCAGAGAAGGAUAAAAAAUUGUUGACCUUAGUGGAGAUGGGUUUCACCACAAAAGAGGCUGCCUCAGCCAUCGAAAGAUGUGGCCAAGAUGCACCUGUCUCUGAAUUAGCUGAUUCUAUCUACGCUGCUCAGACUGCUGAGACGGAUUCUAUAUAUGCUGCUUCUUGGUCUGCUCAAGAUGAACCCUUUUGUAGAUUCACCUCCUUCAGCAGAGAUAAUAAAAGAAGAAAAUUUAUGGAAGAUAGCAACAACAAGAGAAGGCGCUACAUAGAUCAGAAGAAUCGUAACAAAAAUGUAUCUCAUAAUGAUGAUGACAUGAUAGCUCUUCCUAACCCAAUGAUUGGGUUUGGUCUCCCAACCAACAGCAUGAUGCAUGUGGUGAACAGAAGGCUACCAGAGGCGGCUAUUGGUCCGCCAUACUUUUAUUAUGAGAAUGUUGCCCUAGCGCCAAAGGGAGUUUGGGCAACUAUCUCACGUUUCCUUUAUGACAUAGAGCCAGAAUUCGUAGAUUCUAAGUACUUCUGUGCAGCCGCACGAAAGAGAGGGUACAUCCACAACCUUCCUAUAGAGAAUAGAUUUCCCCUUCUCCCGAUGCCACCAAAAACCAUUCAUGAGGCUUUUCCCUUGACAAAGAAGUGGUGGCCGUCGUGGGACCAUAGGACCCAAUUCAAUUGCCUGCAGACCUGCAUUGCUAGUGCAAAAUUGACAGAGAGAAUUCGACGUGCUCUUAUUGAAUCCGGUGACCUACCAUCACCAAGGGUUCAGCAGUAUGUGCUGAACGAAUGCAGGAAAUGGAACUUGGUUUGGGUGGGACUAAACAAGGUCGCGCCUUUAGAGCCGGAUGAGAUUGAGUAUUUGUUAGGGUUUCCUAGAAAUCAUACAAGAGGAAUCAGUAGAACAGAGAGGUAUCGGUCUCUUGGCAAUUCUUUCCAGGUGGAUACAGUGGCUUACCACCUAUCGGUCCUAAAGGAUAUGUUUCCAAACGGGCUGACUGUCCUAUCUUUGUUUUCGGGCAUCGGGGGAGCUGAGGUGGCACUUCACCGGUUGGGAGUGCACAUGAAGACCGUCGUUUCUGUUGAGAUAUCUGAAAUAAACAGAAACGUCCUUAGGAGUUGGUGGGAGCAGACGAAUCAGACGGGUAAGCUGAUUGAAUUUGUUGAUGUUCAACAGGUGAACAGUGACAGGCUCGAGCAGCUGAUAAGCACAUUCGGUGGCUUCGAUCUCGUGAUUGGCGGAAGCCCGUGCAAUAAUCUCGCGGGCAGCAACCGCCACAGCCGAGAUGGGCUCGAGGGCGAACAGUCGGCCCUCUUUUAUCAUUACUUUCGCAUCUUAGAUCUUGUCAAGUGUAUCAUGGGAAAGAACUAACUAUUUGUCAGAACAAAACUCCUUUCGAAGACGCCACCUCGUUUUUCUGCUUAACUUUAGUUAGAGUUGCUUUAUCAUUUUUUUAGGAAAUAACAAAUAGAUCAUUUUCAGUUUGUUUUAGCAGCUAGUGGUAAAUCAUGAUUCAGAAUGGUGAUGUUUUUUUUUUUCUUGUAUCUGAUUAUUUUUGAAGCAAUGCUUGACUCAAAGCUUCAUAUCGACCAUGAUUGGAAGCAAUGUCGAUGUUGAUCUUUGUGCUAGAUAGAACAAUACAAUGAAUUGUUCAUCAAUUAUUGCAAGUUAGCCGGAAAAAUUCUCUAA